AUGCCCGUGCUGUCCGCUCGUGUUCCACGUGCCCGUGCUGUCCGUACCCGGUUGUGCCCCACCCGUUUCACCCGUGCGUCCCGUGCUUCCCGUGCUGCCCCCGUGCUCCUGUGCUGCCCCCGUGCUCCCGUGCUGCCCCCGUGUUCCCGUGCUGCUCCCGUGCUGUCUCCGUGUUCCCGUGCUGCCCCCGUGUUCCCAUGCUGCCCCCGUGCUGCCCCGUUCUGCCUGUGUCGUGCCCGUUUCCGUGCCGUGUUGCCCCGUUCAGCCCUUGUCCUGCCCCGUUCUGCCUGUGCUGCCCCGUUGUCCCCGUGUUGCCCCGUUCUGCCCGUGUUGCCCCGUUCAGCCCGUGUCCUGCCCCGCUCUGCCCGUGUUGCCCCGUUCUGCCCAUGUUGCCCCGUUCAGCCCGUGUCUUGCCCCGUUCAGCCCGUGUCCUGCCCCGUUCUGCCCGUGUUGCCCCGUUCAGCCCGUGUUGCCCCGUUCUGCCCGUGUUGCCCCGCUCAGCCCUCCGUGUCCUGCCCCGUUCUGCCCGUGUUGCCCUGUUCUGCCCGUGCUGCCCCGCUCUGCCCGUUUGUGCCCUACCCGUGCUGUCCGUACCCGUUGGUGCCCCACCCGUGCUGUCAGUUCUCGCUCUCGCCCCACCCGGUCUGUGCUGCCCGGUCUCGUGCUGCUCGUCACCCCCGUGCGGCCCGUCCCGUACAGCACCUAGUUGCUACCCGAACCCGCUACCCGUACCCGUGCUCCUCGCACACCGUGCACCAGCUGCGGGGCGUUCAACCGCAGCCGGGCACCUGUUCCACCGCGGUGGUUCAGAUGCUGCUUGGUGGUUGCUGCUUGUCAGCUUCAGAGGGGGCCCCUUGCUGGUGUUCCCACGCCCUGUAA